CCACUACUAGCCGAGGACGAAUAGUUUAUAAAGUUUAGAGAGAGAAAAACAUAGUGUUUAGAGAGAGAAAGUUUGGGAACGAAGGAGCACGAAGACGAACCAAAGAACCUUAUUUUACUCGACAAAUACAUACGUAUUUACGUCUAUAUAGGCAGUUGUUGUCUGUAGAAGCAAGGGGCAUAUCGUAGGAGAUUCAAAUGGCUUCACAUGUUCCAGGGAAAAUAUCUUUUUCUUUGAAUUGACGUAUUUUUCAUCAAAGAAAAACCCUAGAACCAGGGAGAAGCCUUCAGGCUUGACGCAUUGCUAACCUUACCUGCAAUUCCGGCACAAUUGAGGAAUUUGAUCGAGGCUUGUACUGAUGGAGGGAAAGACCCUGUAGCUUUUAAGGUGGGAAUGCAUGGAUGUGGUGCGGAAUCUGAUCCCAUAGCCAAUGCCGAGGUUGAUCCCAUGGGAGGAGUUUUUGAAGGUGGAGUUGGUAUUGGUAACAACACUUCUCUGCAGAGAUCUGCAAUCGAAGAGGUUCAAAAUGAGCUUAGGCAGGAGUAUGAUUUCCUAGAGGAAAAGAGAAGAGAGUUAGAAUUUCUUGCGAAAGGUGGUGAUCCACUGGAUUUCAAAUUUGGGAAUGCUACUUCACUUAGCGUUCAAUCCACUUCUCUGACAGAUCAACAUCCAGAUCAGUUCGUGACCAGUGAAGCAAAAGGUAGUUUUGCAAUUACUGCUUCACCUCAUGGAGACUCGGUUGAAAGUAGUGGUCGACUUGGGGCUCCUCAACUUUGUGAACCCAACAGUGCUGACAAUCUCAUGCUAUUUGAUGGUGAAAAUGAAUUCAUUGAAGGUGAUAGGUCCUGUAGACACCCCAGUAGGAGCAAUCUUACUCCGUCAGAGCAGUCAUCUAAGUUGGAUAGAAGUCGAAAUGCAAAAGAAUUGGGUGUUUCUGCUGCUUUCGGCGUCCCUAGAAAAGCUUACAGGCGAAGACACAGGCCCCGGCCUAAUGGAGAUGGCACUAGAUCAAGUUCCACUGAUAUAAUUCUAGCUCGUGGUGGUCAUGGCACAUCUUUGCCUUCACAACAUUCUUCUAAAGAUGUAAAAGGACUGGUUUCAGAUGGUGAAAAUUCUAAAGACCAGAACUCUACUUUGAACAUUGCAUUGCCUUCUAUUUCAAAUGGUUUUAUGCCUGUGGAAACUCCGCCAUCUUAUAAUCAGCUGGAUUCUGAAAUAUAUGGCGUUAAAGCUGCAGAGGUAGCUACUUACUUGAAGAAUGAGGAUCUGGCGUAUAGCAUUCCUGAAGCUAGUGCUUCCAGAGGUCUGCUGGAUAACCAACAUGAUCAGAACUCAGUCACUGGUGUUGAGAAAAUGUCUAUUCAGGAAGGUCCUGAAAAGCCUCAAUCAUCACUGGGAAAAGAAGGGGUAGGUUCUGCUGGCCAGGAAGGUCACUUGUGUACAGCUGCAGCAGAGCUUGAGAAUCAAGCUAGUUCCAGCCAUUUAAAUGGGUUAAGUUAUGGAAAGAGUGACCAGAAAAGCAUACCAAUUGAUGCUCAAAGCAGUAGUGCAGCAUUGGGCACAAAAGGUCUAGAUUCAGAAUCUUCUUGCACUCGGGCUAUCCAUAGUCUAGAUCAAAAUACUAAUAAUGAGAUGUUUACCAAUCCAACAAACUCAGACUCCAAUGGUGACUUGAAGGAACAACUGUCGGUGCCAGAGGGAACACCAGUUAUAGGAAGCAAUCUUAAAGAACAGAAAGAGGUGAAAGCUGAUGACAGUUGUGGUUUCACUAAUGAGAUAUGCAAUUCUGGUGCCAAAAAUCAUCAGAGUGAUUUUAUAGAUACAUCACAGGAAGAAUUUGCUGGCAGUAAAUCUAAUUUGCAGAGUGAGGUAAAAGAUAAAAUUACCACCCAAGUGGAAGCAGUUGGCCCAUCUUCAUCAGAAACUGAGAGGAAACCCAGUACAAACACAAGUGAUAGUUCCAACUCCCAAAAAGGAUAUGCUUGUAUUGUUGGCUGUCAGAGUUCAAUUGAGUCCAGAAUACCUGAGCCAUCCCAGCAUGUAUCACCACAUGGAGUUUUAAAUCCUUCCCCCGAGGCACAAGCACCUGGGAUCAACCUUAAACUUGCUACCAGGGAUGAUGAAGAUUCAAUCUUGAAAGAGGCACAAAUUAUAGAGGCGAAACGUAAAAGAAUUGCAGAGUUAUCUGCUGUGGCCUUUCCACUGGAGAAUCGGCGGAAAUCUCACUGGGAUUAUGUACUUGAGGAAAUGGUUUGGCUGGCGAAUGAUUUUGCACAGGAACGUCUUUGGAAAAUGACUGCAGCGACUCAAUUGUGCCAUAGAGUUGCUUUUACUGCACGGUUACGAUUCCAAGAACAAAAUAGCAGUUGCAAGCUAAAAAAAGUAGCUCAUAUUAUGACCAAAGCCGUCAUGGGUUUCUGGCAAUCGAUUGAGGGGAAAAACAAACAACUGGAGCUACCAAUUUCUAGAAAGGAUCAUGCUCUUGCUAUUAGGGAAUAUGCCAUGAGAUUUCUGAAAUACAAUGACUCUAAUGUUCGACAAAGCCUUGCUGAAGCUCCGGUUACUCCAGAGAGGGUGUCUGAUGGUGGAAUCGUGGAUGUGCCUUGGGAGGAUCAUUUGGAAGAAGAGAACCUCUUCUAUGCUGUCUCAUUUGGAGCAAUGGAUGCCUACAGAAAGUCUAUAGAAUCUCAUGUGCUGCACCGUGAGAAAACUGUUAGUAGCAUGCAUGAAGAGGUGGAGACAUUGGCAUACGAUACCAUUCCAGACUAUGCAUUUGAAGAGGAUGAAGGAGAGACAAGUCCAUAUGAUACAUCAGUUGCCAUUGAAUGUAACAAAUCAUCAAGAUUUUCCCAGAAGAAAAGGAAGAUCCACAUAAAGACGUAUAGUGGAAGAUCAUAUGGUGUUCGCACUGAUGUACCAUUUACACAGCGCGGGGAAUACAAACUUGGUACUCAUCAAUCUAUGCAACUGGGAAAAAGGCCAUCUAGCAAUCUUAAUGCAUCUAUUCCAACAAAGCGUAUGCGUACUGCUUCUAGGCAAAGAGUUCUUAGUCCUUACAGUGCUACGACAUCUGGAUGUGCUCAGUUGCCAAUCAAAACUGAUGCUUCAAGUGGCGAUACCAGUUCAUUUCAGGAUGAUCAGAGUACUUUGCAUGGAGGAUCACAUAUGCCUAAUAGUUUGGAAGUUGAGUCAGUGGGAGAUUUCGAGAAGCAUUUACCAUUUGAUUCGGCUGAAGUUUCAAAACCUAAAAAGAAGAAAAAAGUGAAGAUUCUGGGUUCCACAUAUGAACACCGAUGGCAGGUUGAUUCUAAUUUUCAAAACGAGCAGCGGGAUUCUUCCAGAAAGAGAUUGGAGGGCCAUCAACUUGAUUCUAAUGGUAGUAAUGGUUUAUUCGGUCAACAUGUUGCAAAGAAGCCAAAGAUGAUGAGGCAAUCACUUGAGAAUUCUUUUGAAAAUGUUGGUCCUGUUGGUGGAUUUGUUCCAUCUCCAGCAGCUUCCCAGAUGAGUAACAUGUCCAACCCAAAUAAACUUAUGAGAAUGCUUAGUGGUAGGGAUCAGGGAAGGAGAGCCAAAACUUUGAAGAUGUCUGCUGGACAAGCAGGUUCGGGAAGUCCAUGGUCACUAUUUGAGGACCAGGCACUCGUUGUCCUAGUGCAUGACCUGGGUCCAAAUUGGGAGCUUGUAAGUGAUGCUUUCAACAGUACUUUACAAUUCAAGUGUAUCUACCGCAAACCAAAGGAAUGCAAAGAACAACACAAAAUACUGAUGGACAGAAGUAGUGGUGAUGGUGCUGAUAGUGCUGAUGAUUCAGGAUCAUCUCAACCCUAUCCUUCAACAUUACCUGGCAUUCCCAAGGGAAGUGCCAGACAACUGUUUCAGCGUUUGCAGGGGCCAAUGGAAGAGGAUACACUUAGAUCUCAUUUUGAGAAAAUGAUCUUGAUCGGGCAGAAAUAUCUUUUACGAAAGAAUCAGGGUUAUAAACAUGACCCAAGACAACUCCAGCAGCCACAUGAUUCUCACACACAUGCUCUUUCCCAAAUUUCUCCAAAUAAUCUGAGCGGAGGCCCUAUUCUUACACCUUUGGACCUAUUUGAUGAUGCACCCUUGCCUAGUCCAGACUAUCUUUCUGUUGGAUGCCAAGGUCCGCGUCCAAGUGGAUUAUCUAUUCCAAGUCAGUGUGCAUUGAACUCAGUGCUUCCAGUGUCUUGUGCAAACUCGGCAGUCCAGGGUUCCUCCAGUAUGAUUGGUGGAAACAACUUUCAGUCAUCAUCAAGUUCCCUCAAUGCAUCUGUUAGGGAAGCUAGAUAUGUUGUUCCUAGAUCUGCAUCUCUUCCAGUUGAUGAACAUCAGCGAUUGCAGCAGUAUAAUCAAAUGAGAAAUAUGCAAUCCAAUAUGUCUGCUCCUGGAGUUCUUGCAACCACUGAUCGUGGUGGUGUUCCUACCCUUUCCAGUGGCAACAGCACGGGCAUGAUGGGUGGGAUUAAUAGAGGUAUUCCAAUGGCAAGGCCUGGGUUUCAGGGAGCUGCAUCACCGUCUAUGUUGAAUUCUGGAAGCAUGCUUUCCCCUGGGAUGGUAGCACUGCCAAAUGCUGUGAAUAUGCAUUCUGGAGUGAGCUCUAAUCAGGUGAACUCAAUGAUGAGAUCUCGUGAUGGUUUGCGUAUGAUGCGGCCACCGCAGAAUCAGGAAGCUCAGAGGCAAAUGAUGGUUCCUGAUCCUCAGCUGCAGGCCUCUCAGGGAAGCAGCCAAGUGGUUCCUCCAUUUGGUGGGUUAAGUUGCUCUUUUCCCAACCAGUCUGCCUCUCCCGUCAAUCCAUAUCCACUUCAUCAUCAGCAAUCACAUCCUAUGUCUUCACAGCAGCCACUUAUGCUUAGCCCUCAUCACCCUCAUCUUCAAGGGGCUAACCAUGCCACCAACUCACAGCAACAAGCUUAUGCAAUUCGAUUAGCUAAAGAGAGGCACUUGCAGCAGCGACGGUUGCAACAACAACAAUUUUCCCAUUCACAGCCCCUACUUCCUAUUUCAUCUUCUUUGCAAAAUAGUCCCAAGACCACAUCACAAUCUUCUUCUCUGCCAGUAUCAGUUUCUCCUUUGACAUCCCCCACGUCAAUGACGCCAAUGCCUCAACCGCACGAAUUGCCAGCUCAUGGGCAUGCACGGACUGCUCAAACUGAAGGGAGCAGUCUGACUACUCAGAUGAGCAAGCAAAGACCACGUCAGACAGGGCGGCAGCAGCUUCUACCAGCAGGCAGGCACCAUCCUCCACAGCGGCAGCAAUCACAAUCACAACAACAAGCUAAAUUAUUUAAGGGAGUUGGCAGAGGGAACAUGGUGAUGCACCAGAACUUGCAGGUAGAUCCCUCUCUAAUGAAUGAGAUUUCUAGCAAUCAGGCGAAUCAAUCUGCUGAGAAAGGUGAGCAAGCUACUGGCUUGAUGCAAGGUCAUGGACUGUAUUCUGGGUCAGCACAGAGUUCUGUCCAGCUUGUGAAGCAAGCUAUGGCACCUCAUUCUUCAAGUCAGUUGCAGCAGCCUCAGCCUAAGAUUUACUCUGGCCAACCAGCUCCAUCUACUAAGCAUCUUCAGCAGGACAUGCCUUCUAAUCCGGGUAAUAGCAAUCAAAGUCCUGCCUCAUUGGCUGCCUCUGAUACCAAUUCAUCUCAGCAAUCUGUUCCAUCCUCAGUCUUGGGUUCUUCCAAUCACCAAGCAUUGGUGCAUCAACAGACACAGGUGCAGUCACAGCCAAAAUUGAUUAAUCAAAAACAAGCAACUGUACAACGAAUUUUGCAGCAGAACCAUGUAGUAAAUUCAGAUCCAUCCAAGAAGUUGCAAGCUGGUGAAUCUCAAGCGGAACAACGUUCUCUGUGCAAAACUUCUCAGAUAGGUGUAAUCACCUCAAUGCCUCAGGAGUGCAACAAUGCAACUAAUGUCGCAGAUGUUUCAACCCUGAGCACUAAUCAGUGGAAGGGUACAGAAUCAUUAUUUGAUUCAAUAGGGACUCCCCCAACAAAUUCUGCUGGCAUUGAGUCAGUGCCUCAAGUCAGCCGAGGGGUAAGCCAAAGACGAUCUUCAGGCAACUUGUCUCCAACAGGGCCUGAUAUUAGUGUCAACUGGCUGCAAAAAUCCUCCCAAUUGCAGCCUUCUUCCCCAGUGACCCAGCCACAGUUACAGCAGCAACAGCAGCAGCAGCAGCAGCAGCUAUCACCAUUGCAACAUUCACAACAGACGCAGGUUCUGCAAGCAGGGAAUAGCAGUUCGUUUGCUAGACCCAAUGACUGUAGACUGGAUUGAACCACCCUCAACAGAUGAUGGAUAAUUCCUUGGGUGGCUAAUCAGUCCCUGAAUGGGCAGCAUGCCUGGGAAACAGCGUUGUACAGAUGAAGCUAGUUAUCCCCGAGGGCAUCACUUUAUGUCAAGUUGGUGAAUUUUCAAGGUUUAGCAAUACUAGAUGGAUGGCUGCUAAAAUUUUUGUGGUUCUGUAUAUUAUUGUUGCCCUAGAGCCUCAGGAAGGUAGGGACAGAUAUAGAGGUACAUGUACAGGGUUUCACUUUAUCCCUUUUUUUUUGUCCUUAUAAAUGUUACUUCUUUCAUUUUCGUAAAGCCCCUUGCUCCACCUGCUCACCCAGGGGUUUCUAUUUGAUUUUUCUCCCGUAGAUCAUCCCAUGUAUUCAAGGGGUAGUUAUCAUUUUUAUGGCCAAAGGCUGUGGGAAAUUUUGUGAAUAUUAGUUUUCUGUAUACUCCCUAUUUGUCAGAACAGUCACCAUACAUGACUGCACCUUCCUAGUAUCCUCCCUGAUUCUUGUAAAUUGUUCCUGUUUGCAUCUUGCAAAUCUUUAAUGAGAUUUACUUGCUGCUGUGUUGCUUUUGAAUCAUA